AACUACCUAUGGGCACAGGAUCAUAAUUCGGAACUGUAUCAGUUUACAUGUUCCCUAAUGGAAUACUGGUCUCUGAAGAAGGUGUGUAAUUGGUUUAUGGCUCUGCUUUGAAGAAUUGUAUAGAUUGAUGAAAGAAAAUGAAUGGCAAAACUAGGAUUUGGAUGUUCCGAGCUAGAAAACCAAAACGGAAUUUACUUUCCUUUUUCUUUCUCUUGGAAGAGUAGGUGCUAAAUUCUCGACCUUAGCCUGCCAUAGUUUCAAGUGUACCGGUUGGUCAUAACUGGUGUAUACGUUCCUUGUCCCUAUGCUAAAGGAUAAAUAAGAGUUUUUACUUACCCAUCUAAGUUCGAUCUAUUAUGUUUUGAUUGUAAGCUGUUAUUCCACACAAUUUCCAGGAAAGUUCGAUCUCAAUUUGUUAAAACCACUAGGCUGUUUUCUAAUUCCACAAAACAGGUCCCCAUCUCAAUUUGGUAAAGACAUAGAUGAUGGCUUGGCUGGAGAGUUCAAUCCUUGAAAGAAAGGUGGUAAAAAGAGAAACCCCCAAUCUCUCAAAGCUGCUUUUUCAUGCUUGGUGUUGAAUCUUUGACCUUUGCCAUGCCUUGUCUCCAUUGAUUCGACUCUGCUCCUUUAGAAAUCAUUCAAUUUGUGCCACACCACCUAUCAAAAUUCUGUCUCGUUAAGGUGUCAAGGGCAUUAGGGCCUCUGGAGAAAUCAUGGAGGGGUACUUUGGUCAUUCAGUUGAGUCGAAAUAGAGAAGCACAACCAUUCAUAGGUAUUUGCCUUUAACACCAUGAUGAGGCACCAAAUUGUUGGUAUAGGGUCUGAGUACACAGUGCACUAGCACCUUGUCCCCACAAUCUAUGCAGUGAUGAAUUCAUCACUUUAAAAAGCAACCAACAAAGAGCUUUUCAGUUUUUCACUUUUCCAGCCAUUGAAAACCAAAAAAGAAACCUCCUCAACCUGCUUAUGUCCUCUAGUCACCUCUUUAGUCAAUUCUUAACUAAUGCACACACCCCUUCCAUUUCUUCCACUUGUAUGCUUUUGUUUACCAGUCUAUCCAGUUUCUUUGAGCAGACAAACAUUAAAACAUGAAAUCAAUGAAUGGAAGAUUCAUGAAGAAACUAAAGUUCUUGAAACAUGGCCUAGUUUCUGAGUUUAACUCCUCAGAUAAGUUCUUGAACCAGAACCUUCAAAUUCCAUCACUUUAUAUAAUAGAAGAUCACAAGGAGAAAUUUACAACCUCCUUCUUGCCAAAUGACAGAGCAUCUGCCAUGGACAAAUUUAACACUGAAAUCUCCUCAGAUAUCACCACAGAGCAUGAUGCAUUCAAUGAAACCGAGAAGGAAAUUGAUGUACACCUAUCUCUUUCACAUUUUGAAGAGAAAUGUCCGCCUGGAGGAAGUGACUCUGUAAUUCUGUAUACAACAAGUUUAAGAAGUAUACGGAAGACGUUUGAGGAUUGUCAUACAAUUCUGUUUUUACUCGAAAGUUUCAAGGUAAUGUUCUACGAGAGGGAUGUCUCAAUGCACUUAGAAUUCAGGGAAGAACUAUGGAGGAUAUCGGGUGGAAGAGUGAUUCCUCCGAAACUUUUUAUCAAGGGUAGGUAUAUCGGUGGAGCUGAUGAAGUCGUCAGCUUGCAUGAACAAGGGAAGCUAAAGAAGCUGUUUGAAGGGAUACCAUUAGUCCUGUCUAAUAGUCCUUGCGCUGGUUGUGGCAACAAGAGAUUUGUUGUUUGCUUGAAUUGCAAUGGCUGUCGAAAGGUAUUCGUUGAUGAAGAAAUGUUUAUCAGAUGUCAGGAGUGUAAUGAAAACGGAUUGGUUAAAUGCAGCAUCUGCAGCUGAAAAUCUUGGAUGCUGCUGCUGCUGCUGUUUGUCUAUCAUAUUUGAUUUCCUUCUCUGCUACUGCUUCCCUCUUUCUUGAUCUUUUAUUGUAUUUCAUCUGUAUUUUCCCCAACUCUUUCUCUUUUCUGAAACUCUAUUGUCAGAAAAUGAUCUUGUAUGUAACUUUGUAGAUUAAAUUGUUGCUUCAAUUGCUGCUAGGUCUUGAGAUUGGAGAUACUGAAGUGUAAAUUGCAUUUUGCUGCUGAAAAAUCUAGCUCUUAUGCUAUUGCCUUU